AUGCCGGAUAUGGAAACCUUGAAGGAGACCCCCGGGUCUGUGUACAAGUCUCCUUUCAGCAUCAACAGCUUAUUGCGAGAACGGCCGUUGAAUGACGGAGCGGUGAACCAAACCCGAGACAAGGCGAGUCCCUUUCACCUGGAGUCCUCUGACAGUCCCCGGGACCCCAUUCACGGAGAAAGUCCACUUAAGGAAUGGGGCAUUUGUGCAAACGGGUUGACUUCGAGUGCAAAGGAACUUGUUGAAAAUUUAAUCAAAGGCGCCGAGUGCUCGUCGGAUUGGGUCGCUGAUACAAAAGAGCUAGGAGAUGAGGGUGCCAAGGGACAAGCAAAUGGCUCGAAAGAUUUCACACGAGGUGCCAGUCUGAAUUGCGAGAACGUAGAUGUGACGGAACCUUCCGAAAAGGGGGUACUAUCAGAGGGAGCUACAAAAGGGGAGAAGGAGACAAAGCACGACAAGCCUCCUUUCAGCUACAACGCCCUGAUCAUGAUGGCUAUCCGUCAGAGCCCGGAGAAGCGGCUUACACUCAACGGCAUCUAUGAGUUCAUCAUUCAGAACUUCCCCUACUACAAGGAGAAUAAACAGGGCUGGCAAAAUUCGAUCCGACAUAACCUCAGCCUUAACAAGUGCUUCGUCAAAGUGCCACGCCACUACGACGACCCGGGCAAAGGGAAUUAUUGGAUGCUGGACCCGUCCAGUGACGACGUGUUCAUUGGUGGCACCACCGGCAAGCUUCGACGGCGUUCCACCGCUUCCUCCCGAGCCAAGAUGGGGUUCAAAAGGGGUAACCGACUGGCUUCGUCAGCGGCGGCUGCGGCCGCUGCCAGCUUGGCUUUCGCUGGGUCACUCUACUGGCCGAUGUCCCCUUUCAUUUCUCUCCAACAAACUCCUCACCCCCGUCACGCGGGGACUCCACUGGGGUACACAUUUGGCUCUCCGAGCAGUUCUUACGCCGCCGCCUCUGUGCUUUCUCAGGCCUCUCAACAGCUCAGCUCCAGCGGGGUGGACCGACUCAUCCAAGGAAGCGGCGAGCCGUCCUAUACCCUCCCGCAUGGCCAUCACCACCAAGUCACCGCUGCGGCUUCCUUCUCGGCUGCGUCCCUGCCUUGCACAAUCCCUCUUUCUACUUCCUUGAACCCUUGUUCCUUCAACCUAUUGGCCACCGGACAAACGAGUUACUUCUUUUCGCAUCAUAUACCUCAUCCAAAUGGCUCCGGGACCAUCCCUACAUCUCAGAUGCCUCAUGCUACAACUUCCCCUCCAAAACUGUCCCCGGUGGAGCAGUUUCUCCACGCCAGUAACGGAUCUAAUUUUAGUGGGAUGUCGGCUGCCUCUGAUUUUUCGGGCUACUUCACCCAAAACCAUGGAAGUUCUUUUAACGGAAUUCUCCACUGA